UUGGGGGUUGAAAGCUAUCCAGUUAAGCUAGCUCCAUAUUAACGUACAGCCUUUAUCGCAAACCAGAUGGUAUUCAUAUCUUUUUACAGCGGGGGCAAGCAUGACUCUCACACCGUUAUAAUAGAAAAACUCAAAAAGCUGUGACAAGAGCGGCUAUAAAAGCGCACACUUAUAACAGCUUUUCACAAAUCAACUCUGGACCCUUGAAUGGAAAUUUAAAGUUCUUUUCCUAUCGGGAAAACGAAAUUUUCUUUGAUGGCAUCCAAACGAGUUUUGCUUUGGACAACACCUAGAUGUGUCUCAACAGCCUUUGAACGCUCAAUUAUGACUCUAAAGAGUACUAAAGUUCUUCACGAGCCUUUCUCGGCUUCGUUCUACUUUGGUCCUGAGCGGCAAAGCCUUCGUUACGCAGCCGACCCGGUUCAGCCGAACCAGAGCUACCGAUCCGUAAGCAAAACACUCCAAAAAGACUUUGAUGGCAUCGAUGUCUUGUUCUCAAAAGACAUGGCGUACGCUGUUCAGAAUCAUUUCAAUAUGUUCUCUGAAGAGGGCUUCAAGGAUUUCAAGCACACUUUCCUCAUUCGCGAACCGGCAAAAGCGAUCAUUUCUCUCUACCAUGCUUCAACCAACCCUAAGCUGACAGGCUGGUCCUACUUUGAUCCAGAAGAGGCUGGCUUCCGCCAAAUGCUCGGGCUCUACCAUUACAUCUCUCAGCACAUCGAUGAUUCCCCUGUGGUAAUUGAUGCAGACGAUCUAUUGGAUUUUCCCAACGAGACAAUGAAAAGUUACUGCGAGGCAGUGGGAAUAACGUAUGAAUCGAAUAUGACGUCAUGGGAGCCCGGCCCCGUUGCCGACUGGGAUACCUGGGCAGGAUGGCACGAGAACGCCUUAAAGAGCUCAGGAUUUACAAGGCGCUCGCACAGAAAUACGCAAAAGAAUUCUUACGACGAAGAAAUCGAGCAACUUCCGGCGGAAGUGAAAAUGGCGAUAGACGAGGCAAGGGCGUGCUUUGAAUACCUUGCGGCAAGGAAACUAGACGUGAGGGGUACUGAGGUGUAAAUAUCAUCAGAACAAUCUUCAUCAUUAUGAUACCACGGUUCAUCAUCGUCCCAAGCGUCAUAUAGAUCACAAUCAUUAUGGACAUCAUCGUCAUUAUCAUCAACGUCAUCAUCAUGAUUGUUAUCACCAUUAUCGUUAUCUUCAUUAUUAUCAUUGUCCUUAUCCUCGUGUCCAUUUCAAUCAGUUUUCUCAUUGAUUAUCAUUAUAUUAUAUUAGUCAUCAUCAUAGUUGUCGUAAUUGUCAUCGACGUCGUCGUCUUCAUCACAACUAUUAUCGUUAUUAUAUUCAUCAUCAUCAUUAUGAUCAUCAUAGCAAUCUCCAUCAUUGUCAUGAUUAUCAUUAUCAUUUACAAUACAGUCAUCACCACUAUUAU